AUGGAUAACACUGUAGCCCCAGUCAAUGGUGAUGAUCAUCAGAACACCUCUGUCAAAACACAACCUUCCAAGGGUCCCUGGAAAUCCGCCAUUUUCAUUAUCUUUGUGGAAGUGGCUGAGAGAUUCGCCUACUAUGGAGUCUCGGGGAAUCUCAUCACCUACCUGACUAAUGUUCUUGGCGAACCAACUGCUACGGCUGCGAAGAAUGUGAAUACAUGGCAUGGCGUCUCUGCACUCUUUCCACUGAUUGGUGCUUUUGUUGCUGAUUCUUACUUGGGUCGAUUCAAUACCAUCCUUAUUUCCUCCAUCAUAUAUCUCAUCGGUCUAAUUCUGCUGACUGUAUCAGUAUCAGCAACUCCAAUAGAACACAGCAGAGCAUUUUUCUUUGUAGCACUUUACAUAUUGACAGUUGGCGAAGGUGGGCACAAGCCAUGUGUCCAAACUUUUGCCGCAGAUCAAUUUGACGAGAAUUUUCCCGAGGAAAAGGCGGCCAAGAGUUCAUUUUUCAACUGGUGGUACUUAGGGAUCGUGUGCGGCGCCACAGCGGCGGUGCUGGUGGUGAUCUAUGUACAGGACUAUGUGGGGUGGGCUGUUGGAUUCGGAAUGCCGGCAGUUGCUGUGGCUAUUGCUCUUGCAAUAUUUUUGUUGGGUAUUGGAACAUAUCGAAAACAAGCGCCAGUUGGGAGCCCUUUUACUAGGGUGGCGCAAGUGGUGGUUGCCGCCACAAGGAAGUGGCGCUUGUCGGAGGCGAAUGGUGGUCAUGGCAUUUGUUAUGAAGAUGAGAGUAUAGAGAUUGGAGUGGAUGGUCGAGCCAGGGUCCGGACUUUGGCACGUACUAGUCAAUUCAGGUAA